CUUGCGGGGAGGCGGGUCCCGCCGCCGCCGCCUCCUCCCCCCGCCCGCUGAAGAGCGCCUGCGAGGGCAGGCGGGCGGCACAGCACGGCUUAGCACGGCUCGGCUCGGCUCGGCACGGCACAGGCGUGGGCCGGCGGCAGCAGCGGCUCGGCCGGCAGCGCCCACGCACCCGCCGCCGGGCACCCGCCUUCCCGCCCUCCUUCCUCCCGCCCCUAUUCCUCCUCCUCCUCCGGGACUCUCCGCUGGGAUCAACCCGCCGCCGCCGCCGCCGCUGCUGCUGUUGUUGUUGGCCGGCUCUGCCACAUCGAGGAUAUUUUGGCUCCCGGAGAGGCAGCGGCGCCUUUUUUUUUUUUCUUUCUUUUUCUUGUGUUUUUUUUUUUUCUUUCUUUUUGUGGGACUCUGCGUGUGGUGCCGCCGGUGCCGGUGAGGGACGCCGAGGAGCGGGCGAGCGCCGGGCUCGGGGGCCAGAUGAGUGAUUUUGGGAUCAGGAACAUGGACCAAGUAGCUCCUGUGUCUAACAUGUACAGAGGAAUGCUCAAGCGUCAGCCAGCGUUUGACACCUUUGAUAGCUCAAACUCUCUCUUUGCUGGAUAUUUUUUCUCACUAAAUGAAGAUCAGACGCUUCAAGAAGUACCAACAGGAUUUGAUUCUACUUCUUAUGAGUCCAACAACUGUGAAUUGCCUCUGUUAACCCCAUGCAGUAAGGCUGUGAUGAGUCAGGCCUUGAAAGAUACUUUCAGUGGUUUCACAAAGGAACAGUGUCGGCUGGGUAUCCCAAAUAAUCCCUGGCUGUGGACUGAACAGCAAGUUUGCCAGUGGCUUUCAUGGGCUACCAAUGAGUUUAGCUUGGCAAACGUGAACUUCCAUCAGUUUCUUAUGAGUGGCCAAGACUUGUGCAACCUGGGCAAAGAGCGUUUCCUGGAACUGGCACCCGACUAUGUGGGUGAUAUUCUGUGGGAACACCUGGAACAGAUGAUAAAAGACAGCCAAGAGAAAACACAGGAUCAAUAUGUGGAGAACUCUCACCUCACCUCAGUUCCUCACUGGGUCAAUAAUAAUUCCUUAACUGUUAAUGUAGAUCAGAACUCCUAUGGUAUACAAAUGCCUGGAUACCCUAAAGCUCUCAGUUAUCCCAAACCCGGUCUCUUGACUGACGUCUGUCAGACUUCCACAGGACAGAAUCUCCUCAAUCCAGAACAAGAGUUUUCAUUGUUCCCUAAAACCCAAGCAGAUGCUGUUGGUGUGAACUACUGUGCAGUAAAUCAAGAUUUCCCAAGAAGCAAUCUGAACUUGCUGAUAGAUAAUUCUGGUAAGCUUAGAGAACAUGAAUCUAGUGACAGUGGUGCAGAAAGUUACGAAAGCUCAGAUUCAAUGCUACAGUCCUGGAACAGCCAGUCGUCAUUAGUGGAUUUACAGCGUGUGCCAUCCUAUGAGAGUUUUGAAGAUGACUGUAGCCAGUCCUUGUGUCUAAGCAAACCUACAAUGUCUUUCAAAGACUAUAUUCAAGAAAGAAGUGAUCCCGUAGAGCAAGGGAAACCAGUUAUACCGGCAGCAAUUCUAGCUGGCUUUACUGGCAGUGGACCUAUACAGCUAUGGCAAUUCCUUCUGGAGUUACUGACUGACAAGUCCUGUCAGUCGUUCAUUAGUUGGACUGGAGAUGGAUGGGAAUUUAAACUUGCUGACCCAGAUGAGGUGGCACGGAGGUGGGGAAGGAGGAAAAACAAGCCAAAAAUGAACUAUGAGAAGCUCAGCCGCGGCCUACGCUACUAUUACGACAAGAACAUCAUCCACAAGACUUCAGGGAAACGCUACGUGUAUCGCUUCGUGUGCGACCUGCAGAACCUGCUGGGGUACACGGCGGAGGAGCUGCACGCGAUGCUGGGGGUGCAGCCUGACACGGAGGACUGAGCCCGAGGAUGUGAUGCUGCAGGAACGAAGAUCACGCGUUGGGACUGUGUCUGGGAACCGUCUGCAGUCAGUUCUUCUGGCUGUUCAGAUGGGUGCAACUGUUGGGAAAUAAGGACCUUAACUGAUUUUGUAACCCGGGAGAGCUGGAAGGAAGUGGCCUUAUUUCGUCAGUAGCUUCGGGUGUUGCCAUGUUGUGCACUUGAGCAGCAUGGAAGUGAGCACAGACCCUAGCUCUGUCAUGAAGACAUGGAAAUGCUCUUGGGUUAAGCAUUUCAACUACCUGUACUGCCAUAUAAAGCAUUUUGGCUACUUACACUGCCAUGUAAUAAUGGGUUGGCUUUAAAACCAAAGGUUGGAUGAGAAACCAGUGAUGCAGCAGAACUAUUAAUUCAAUAUCUUAAGAUACCAUCAUCCUUGCUUACAUCCUAUACCAGGCAAUUUAUUAAAACAAAAAAAAAUCUAAUUUAUUUUAAGUAAGCAGUAAGGAGAAUUGAUAUUAGUUUUGUUUUCAAGCAUGUUUUAGUAUUAUUAUUACUCCAGAAAUGUGCUGCAUAGGUACAUAAGCACUCUGUGUCCAAAACCAGAUGUAGCAACUGUUAACAAAAAACAAAAAAGACCCUUUAAAGAAGGGAAGGAAAAUCAUACCAUUUCAAUAUUCAGUUUGUAUAUAUUCUGUGAUUCUCUUUGAAACUCUAUAAUGUUCCUAUUUAACAGAUACUGUAUAGUGUAAAUUAAACUAAUUGUAUGUGUGUUUUGAAAUAGGAUGAAUGUAAACUUAUCAAAUGUUUUUUUUUCAUGUUUGUCUAGGAUAUACAGCCUUCUGCAAAUAUUUAAUUGGCCUGAGAGACAACAUAAGUGCUCAGUAUGCAUGCAUAUGGUAUGCCUAUGAUAUGAAAUGGGGGGGCGGGGAGGGAGGGCUGGCUCAGUCUUUUGCCAGGACUGAAGCUGGCAAUUCUUUGUGCAUUUUGGCAUUUUUACAAGAAACUAAUGUAAUAUUCUGGGACAUAAAGGGCCUGUUUGUGGUUUCUUCCGUAACUGAAAAUGAAAAUAUUAAUAUGGAUAAAAUUACCUUUUUUCCUUUAUAGAUGGCAUAUGUUUUUCAACCUCUAUGCAUGUCCUUUCAAAAAAAAAAACAAACAAAAACAACCAAAUUUAUAUACAAGCCUUAUUUUUUCAGUUGACUUGUCUCUUCUUCCUGCAGUUUAUCCUGUAUGAUUAAAAUAUGAAUUCUAUUUUUGGAAAUAACUGUGACUCCUUUUCAAAGAUCAGGAGGGAUUUAUGUAGCAGCUAUUUUUACUGCAAAAAAAAAAAAAAAAGAAAAAAAUUCACUGGAAAAAUGUAAUUUGUAAGAAAGCUUUAUUUUUUAUCUGAGCUUGAUGUACACUAAAGUGUGUUGUACAGUGUGAGAGGUUUAAAAAUGAGUCUUCAUUAAAACCUCUUGAACAAGAAAA